GUGGGCAAGCGAGUUCUUGAUUGGCCGUCAAGCGUUGUUUACGUUAGAGAACCGCGGUUUGAAAGUCGAUGCGACGAUCGGGGCGAGACCGCGAUAUAAUUUUCGGCAUUUACGAUCGGUGCCCCUCGCACCGGAGCCACGAUGGUGCGAUACGCCGCCCUGAAGGGGUUGUACGACUUGGAGAAAACGAUCGGCAGUGGCGGCUUCGCCAAAGUCAAACUAGCGACACAUGUUGCUACCGGCGAAAAGGUUGCCAUCAAAAUUAUGGAGAAGACUGCCUUGGGCGAAGACUUGCCAAGGGUGAAACUCGAAGUGGAGGCACUUAAAACAUUGUUGCAUCAACAUAUUUGUAAGCUGUAUCAGGUGAUAGAGACAGAGAGUCACUACUUCAUGGUGAUGGAAUAUUGCUCCGGUGGAGAAUUGUUUGACCAUAUAGUUGAGAAAAACAGAUUGUCGGAAGCUGACUCGCGCAAAUUUUUUUGUCAAAUAGUAUCUGCGGUUGCAUAUAUGCACAGUUUAGGAUAUGCUCAUAGGGAUUUAAAGCCUGAAAAUGUUUUAUUAGAUAAGGAUGAGAAUUUAAAAUUGAUUGACUUUGGGCUAUGUGCGAAACCUAAAUUGGGAAUUCAGGCACACUUAUAUACCUCUUGUGGUUCUCCUACAUAUGCAGCACCAGAGCUCAUAAUGGGAAAGAAGUAUCUUGGUUCAGAGAUAGAUAUAUGGAGCAUGGGAGUUCUUCUUUAUGCUUUAUUGUGUGGUUUUUUGCCUUUCGAUGACAACAGUUUAGAAAACUUGUAUAAAAAGAUACUUAGUGGUAAAUAUGAAGAACCACAUUGGUUGUCUAAUAACAGUAAAACGCUAAUUAAAUCAAUGUUACAAAUUGACCCAGCAAAAAGGAUCACUAUUCAGGAAUUAUGUCGUCAUCCAUGGGUUACAAAGUAUUCUCUGAAGCCUAUAUCGUUUGUUCAUAAAACAGAAUUCGAAAAAGAUGACGAGGUAUUGAGCACUAUGUCCGCUAUUUGCGGUAGAAGUAGUGCAGAUAUAUGGAAGAAACUUGUGCAGAGUGAUAGAACUGAUUACAAAACGGCUACAUAUUUGUUGUUACUUGACAGAAAAUUACGUGGACUUUCAUUGAAACUAACGUCUACAAGAUCUCAUCUUAAACAAGAAACGAAUAUCAUGAAUUAUCCACAACGCGAAGCGAUAGUUAAUAAUUUUAUAACCAAACUCGACCAUUCUCCAAGAAACAGAGUAAACAACGAGCAAUCUCCAAAGAUUGAUGUUACUUAUAACGUUCUUCCUAAAAAAAAUGAAAAUACCUUUGCAGAGCCACAUAUAUCAGUAAGGAAAAGAUUACGAAGCAGAGACUCUGACGAUGUAUCAUCGCCCAUUCCAGCGAAAAGACUGCCUGAGAAUAGAUCGGCUACUCCAACACAAUCUUUAACACCAGAUUCCAAAGCUUCUCAAAUAUCUACACCUGGUAGUGCAAGAAAAGUUAUGAUGGGCCUAGAGCGAGGAUUGAAUCGAGUAAAAUACGUUCUCACUCCGAAAAGACGAGUGAAGAACGAAAAUACCGACCCUGAAGAACCAAAUAUAUUAUCGGGAAAAGGUCUUUCUAAUGUAUCUGCAACAUGCAGCGGUUGUCCAAAACAUGUUCUUUCGAAAUUACGGAGAGCACUUCGACAAAAGGGUAUAAUGUGCCGUCAGAAAGGAUUUAUUUUGCAAGGGGAAACUGAAGAGUCUUUUCCGGAAAAUAAAAAGGGUUCAUCGAAAUCGAUUUCCUCCCUAAAUUCUUGUUCUUUCGAACUGGAGGUCUGCCUUUUGGAGAUUGGCCCGAACGGUAAACGAUUAGUUGGCAUUCGUCGGAAACGGUUAAAAGGUGAUGCAUGGGUUUAUAAACGUGUCUGUGAAGAAAUUCUUGCUCUCACUACAGAGGAUAUAUCCGCAGACUCAGAGAUUUCUUCCGAGUCCAAGUGUCCUAUUUGAGAUGGAUUCUCAUAAUAAUAUAUACAUGAUGUAGAUUUCUCGAUGCUUGCGCUCUUAAUAUAAUCUAAUUAUAUAAGACGCAUGUGCCUUGACCUCUUAAUAACGAUAUAAUAGUACUAAGAUUUGUUUUUUAAUAAAAAAAGAUCGACGUUAUGUGCAACAAAUAAUAUAAGAUU